AAAAUCAGUAAGUGAUAUGAUGAACAUGAGCUGAAUCUUAAUUAGGAUGAAGCGAUCCUUUGCAUCUUCAUCUUUGUCUCAACAACAACAGGCCAGUGGGUCUAGCAAGUUGCCGAGGAUAGAAGGACAACAAAGGUCUGAUCGAGGAUCCUCAAGCAGUAAACAGAAAGGACCCUUCCCAAGUAGUGGAGAAACAAAACGAGCAGGACCUUACUUACUUGGACCUAGAUUGCAAGCAUCACCUGUCAAGAGUAUUGUGCAAUGUUUGGCGAGAAAAGAAAACACUGAUGAUUUUUAUACAUUAAAAAUGCUUACCCUUGAGUACCCCAAUAAGGAGAGCCAGGAUGACAGACAGGGGAAGAUGUUGUUACACACUGAGUAUUCCUUGCUUUCACUACUGCGGCAUCAGGACGGGGUGGUCCAUCACCACGGACUCUUCAAGGAUGAAGCCUGGGAGGAGAGGGAGGUUCUGGACUCAUCUGGACGUAUUCAGUAUACAGGACAAAGGAAACAGCGACUCUGUUUGGUCCUAGACUGUCUCAUCCCUCAUGACUUUAGCAAUAAAAAUGCAGAUCUUAUCAAUCUCCAACAUUAUGUGAUUAAAGAGAAGAAAUUGACAGAGAAAGAAGCUAUCGUUAUCUUCUAUGAUAUUGUCAGAGUUGUGGAAAGUCUACACAAGAAAAAUAUUGUGCAUCGUGACUUGAAACUUGGAAAUAUGGUUCUUAACAAAAGAACACGACGAAUCAUAAUUACAAAUUUCUGUCUAGGGAAACACCUGGUGUCCGAAAACGAUUUGCUGAAAGAUCAGCGUGGCAGUCCAGCAUAUAUAAGUCCAGACGUCCUCAGUGGCAAGCCUUACCUAGGGAAACCCAGUGAUAUGUGGGCCCUAGGAGUUGUCCUCUUUACUAUGCUGUAUGGUCAGUUUCCAUUCUACGACAGUGUUCCCAAUGAGUUGUUCAGGAAAAUUAAAUCAGCAGAGUACACCAUACCCGAUGAUGGGCGGGUGUCUCAGGAUACAAUAAUAGUUAUCCGAAACCUGAUGGUGCUUACCCCAGAAACUAGAAUGACAGCUACACAAGUGAUGUCAGCCCUGCAAUCUGUCAUAUCAAAAUGGCGUGCCAUGUCCAGUAUGUCAGGGCAGAUACAGGUAGUUCCUGAUAUUGACACCUGUCAAGCAGUGGAAGAAGAUAAUGGUUCAUCCAGUGCAGGACCCUCCUCAGCUACAUCACAGGCCAGCGAACUGGAGCAAAGACUGAAUCACAUACACUCAGCUCACCAAGAAUCCUCAAAACCCCCUCCUAAGACUCAUCUCAGUCGACGUCGCACACCAAACACACAUCCCCCUGUACGGCGGCUUAACACGGACGCCCAGCCUCUCACUCACACUGAGGCCAUGUCUCAUCACCAGCUCCUGUCACAACAUACAACCUGACCCACUACACACCGACAGACAAUAGCACACAACCUGACUCCACUACACACAUACUACAACACAUAACCUGACCCAAUACAAGGGGAAGUAAUAGGUCAGUCUGUUAGGGUGUUAAC